UAGACGAGGUUUCGCUGGCCCAAUCCACCUGAUCUCCCCUCGAUUCGCCUCGACGACCCUCGCGCCGCCGUCGGCCGCAGCCUCAUCCUCGACGCGCCGCCGUCGUCGGAACGGGACGGGCAAAGCAACGCCCUCGCCGCGACUGAGAGGAGGCGCCCCGCCGCCGCCAGAGCGUCAACGUCCUCCUCCGCCGGUUAUUCCUGAGGGAGGGUAUAAAGUUUUUUCUUCUGUCAAGAGGGGUGGGUGUUCGCGCAUUUCCUCAAGUAGAGAAGAAGCAGUAUAAAGUUGUUUGGUGAUAAUGGAACCAAAGCAUUCUGCUGAAAUGUCCAGGCAUUUGGACAAGCAAAAUCAUGCCCUAAUGGAAACAUACCGAGCAAUGUCCCAUGAGUUGCAUAAACUACAGGUUGAAGAGGAAACAAUCAUGCGCAAGUUGUAUGAGCUGAUGUCUGCAGAAGGGCUUCUUCCAAAGCACAAGGAAAAAAGGGAGCCUGAGAGAGCAGGGGAAUCAAGCCAGGAAAACGAAGAACGGGAACCAUAGAAUGUUAACCGUGAAUCUGCAAUAUAUGAUGUUACAUGGGGAUGCAAGUUUGGCUGAAUAGCAACCGAUCUUAGGCAUCCACUCCAAUGGAUAUACUGUAGUGAAAUUUUUGUCUCAGUUCCAGCAGUUAGUUAGUUUCCCUGUAAUUUUCCAAACGGCACAAUGGAAUCUUGAAUCUGGCUAUUGUUCUGUGAGGAAUUUUGGGAUGGGUUUCAAAGCCUUGUUUGUUCCUA